AUUGUGUUUAUGAACUUUGUAUUGCUUGCACAAAAAUAUCUACAUUCCGGUGUUUAUAAUAGACACAAUAGGGUUUCAAGCGCUCAGUUUUUUUUAGACCACUGUUUUGAACAGCACGAGAUUGUUCUUUACUAUCAAAUCCCAACAACAAUCUAAGAUGCCUAAGACAAAAGGAUUGAUGGAGCGGAUCAGGGAUGGGGAAACAGUCAUUUGUGCGGAGGGGUAUAUCUUUGCUUUUGAGCGUCUUGGAUACCUGAAAGCUGGGCCGUUCACCCCUGAAGUUGUAGUGGAUCAUCCCGAGUUGGUACGUCAGAUGUACAAGGACUUCGUGCGCGCAGGAAGUGACGUCGUCCAAGCUUUUACGUAUUACGGUCAUCGUAACAAGUUCAAACUGGUUGGCCGUGAAGAUGAGCUUGAGAAGCAGAAUCGUCUUGCCCUCAAGAUGGCGAGAGAGGUUGCCGAUGAGACAGGGACCUUGAUGUGUGGUGAUCUUAGUAACACAUGGGUCUACCAACCUGAUAACGAAGAGGCUAUUGCGGAGACUAAAUCUAUGUUCAAGGAACAAGUCGAAUGGGCGGUAGACGAAGGGGCCGAUUUUAUAGUGGCCGAGACCAUUGGUCAUCUGGGGGAAGCUUUGCUCGCCACUGAAGCUAUCAAACAAUAUGGAAAAGGUGUUCCGGCGGUGAUAACCUUCGCAUCUCAUUACACUCAGAAGCAGGAUGAUGGUAAGCAGACCACUGCCGAUGGUGUCGAGGUCAACGAAGCUCUUCGUAAAUUGGUUGCUGCAGGAGCGGAUGUCGUAGGAUUCAACUGCACUCUUGGACCAGUGUCGAUGAUACCAUCAUUGGAGAGAGCUGUGGAGGCUAACAUUGGGGCUCCUUUAGCUGCACUACCAGUGCCUUACAGGACGACCCUCAAAGAACCCACCUUCACAACCAUUCUUGAUCCAUGGACAGGUAAGCGAGCCUUCCCCGACAACCUUGACUGUCUCUUGUGCUCUCGUGAAGACGUCGUCAAGUUCACCCAACAAUGUGUCAAGCUGAAAAUACCCUACAUCGGGCUCUGCUGCGGCAACGCCCCUCACUACACCAGGACCAUGGCUGAAACCCUGGGUAGGGUCACCGAGGCGUCCAAGUACUCACCAGACAUGUCCAUACAUGGGAUCUAUGGAACGGAUGACCGUAAGGUCAAUACUUACUAUACCAAAGAACUAGCAAAUGCAAAAUAAGUAUGACCUUCAACAGGAUAUAGGUCACACCAAAAACCGACUCCAAACCGACCGAUGGUAUAUGUGUCAUUGGGAAUAACGUUUGGCCGGUCUGGAGUCGGCUUUUACCGAUGUGGUUAUAGCAUGGCGACUCCAAGGACUUUCUUAAGAAUCAAUAAUGAUGAUGAUGGGCUGGAAUUGAAAAAAAAAAUGAAUUGUGAAUAUAUCUAUGAUUAAAUAUAUUUAAGCAUUACAGUAGUUCAAGGAACAGUAGCAUCAUAUUUUUGUUCUACAAAAUUUGCAAACAUUCAUUCAACAAGAGGCAGAAGAAAUAAAGCUAAACUGGAAUAUCCUCACCCUGCAAAUUGUAUGACAGUGUUUUGGCAAACAUUGUCUAAUAUAUUACAUUUCAGUCUUCACAAUGUUAUAGGGGCAAAGAGAUAUGGGGGUAAUAAAGGGGAGGGGCAAUUCUUCCCAUGUAUCCCUUGGUCAUGUUGGUGCCACUAAUUGUCAGUUGAAGAAACCAAGAUUUUGUCUUAAAGUGAUGUGUACCAACUUUAGAUGUCAAUGGCAGUGAUUGACUGGAUUUGUAUCGACCAAUUGGCAUUUAUUUUAGUGGUCUCAAGACUUUUGUUGAAACAUUUUUUAUUUUCCUUAAAAGUGCCAUAUAGUUCGAUUUAUUUUGCUCUUUUCUGGUUCAAUACCAGAUAUCGUUAGAAUACGGGCGUUUGCCAAACAGCGUGAUUUCCCCCCUACAUAGUUGACGUCGUUAGCAUAUCGCUAACAUGUUAAUAUCCCGGUUAAUAUUCUUGAAAUCAUUAAGUAACUUUUAAAUAGGGCUUAUCAAGUUAAAUAAAUCUUGAUAUUUUGAUGGCUACGAGUGUAUUAUUUUAGUACCGCCAUAUAUUGUGGUGAUAAACGACCUUGCAAUCAUCAAUUAAAGUACGAUUAGUCACGGAUUGAUAUUCUCUCAAACUAUGUUUGAGUGGAUCAAUAUCCUUUUAAGAUUUGAUGCAAUUGGAGUUUCUGUUUGAAUACAAUAGUAAAUUUAGAGUAAGAUUCGUGUGAUUAUGGAGUAACAUUAUUUGAAGAUACAAACCGUUUUGCUGAUACUAAUGUGGUAACUUUUAUUAACCAUUCGGUAUAUUUUAUUCCUUAAAUGAUAUAGCGGAUGUAAUGAAUUGCACGUAAGCUCAUGGAUGUAUUUUUGUUUGAAUUUUAUUACUGAAAUUGUUUGAUAUCAAUGCACUUCAACCACAGCUAAACCAUAUAUACCUCCACGAUAUGAUACACAAUGCAGACAUUAUUCGAAUUUAGGUAUUUUUUUCUGGCAUGACAGAAAUAAAUCCUUGUCUAAACUCAA